UCGACAACAGCAACGUUAGAGCUGGUAAAAACGAGCGAACUGUCUGUAUUUUUCGAGCAAAAGUUUGCGAGAGUACUAAAUAAGUGGUCCUGUGGUGUUAUCUUGACAAAUACAGGCUUGCCGGUGUGACAGAAGGUUAGAAGUUGGGCCUCGCUCUCCAUAAGCACUUCUGACGAUGGAGAGAACAAGUAUAGCCACACAGGCACGAAAGUUUCAGAAAGUAGCUAGAAGGAAACAGGUGGAAUUGAGGCAUGAAUCUGAGGUUUAUGGAAAAUCGGCAGAGGAGUUAGACGAAAUCGGCAAGCAGUUUUUUGAGCAAGGUCAGUUAAGCGCAGCCCACAAACAUUUUAUUGCAUCCCUCAAAAAAAAAGCUAAUCCGAAUGUCAUGUUCCGUACGGCCAGUUGCCUUUUAGAGUUGGCGCGACCACAAGAGGCUAAACAGUAUCUGAAACAAAGCUGUGAGUUGGCGCCAGAUUCUCAGCCAGAAAAAUGGCUGACCCUCGGAGAACUUGAAGAAGGCAAAGACAGCCUUUGUUGUCUAGAAAAAGCUGUCGAACUGUUGGAACGUGAAUUAGCCAGCGAACCCGUCGCCAUGGAUGAAGAUAUGGAAGGAGGGGCUUCCGAAAACACGAACAAUGCAAGGAAAUUCACGAGCAGAAAGCUUUCAAAUGCGUAUGUUUGCAUUUCGGAAUUAUUUACCACAGAUUUAUGUGAUGAGCCUAACGCCGAGGAAAGAGUUGUUGCAUCAAUAGAAAAGGCACUUGAACUGGAUCCGUCAAAUCCAGAGGCCGUUCAGGCAAAGGCGUCGUACCAUUUGAUUAAAGGAGAAUUUGAAGACGCUACACGUGAGAUAAAACGAUCUCUUGACAUGUGGCUUCCUGCCUUCGAAAGGUCCGUAGAAGGCGGCCUUGAAGACGCUGAUGAGCAGGUACCGCCAUUCAACGUUCGUCUGUCUGCUGUAAAGCUUUUGCUAGACUUGGAGCUGUUUACAGAAGCGACCACUAUACUUGAUGGGCUCGUGUUGGAAGACGAGAAUUGCGUCGAUGUGUGGUAUCUGCUUGGAUGGACAAAUUUCCUUAGAAUGGAUCACUAUCUUCCAACCGCCAAAUUCUAUCUCAAGAAGGCCAGCAAGGUAGGUUCCGCAUAUGGAUGCGAUGAUGAGGGUAUGAUGAACCAUAUUGAAGAACUUCUUGAAGACUUGAAAGAAAUACAGAGUGAAGACGAGGAUGAUGAAGACUCAUGGUCAACAGAAGAUGAAGAAAACUGACUGAGAAGAUGAAAUAUUUGUUAAAAGACGACUUUCGUUCAAGCUUCAAAAAGAGAAUAAUAAUGGAUAUGCUUGUGGUAUGUUGCAACAUGAAAGAUGAUAUUACUAUAGUGGUGCUAUAUCAUUUGCGUUACGAACUCAGCUAAAAUUCAUGCCUGUUGUCAUUCUAUGGAUCUACAUACACUCAUUUGGCGGUAAACGUAAUUUAUCAUUUUUACGAAAGCCUACAGUUUAGCGUUUUGCAUCAAUGAGGAAAUGGCCGAUGUAGCUUGUGUUAGGCUCGCGAUAAGCUUAAGGUAGCUGCGAAAUGUCAUUUUACUCUAAUACAUUACAGAGAAUAAAAUCAAAGCGUUUGUUUUCUAAACCAGCAAAUAUCUAAUGUCAUUGCGGAGAAAUUGCAUUGAUAGUUUAGUUUUUUUUUUAUUACUUGACAUGAUAUGAAGCCUUCUAUAUGUACAUUUUAUUUUCGGUUUUUAGCACAUUACUCCUACAUAAAUGUCAUUGUUCGUCUACUGCAGCUUUUGCUUGUGUUUCUCGGAAACAUUCCGGAAGAAAAUUUUGUAGUAGGAAAUGUGGCUGUAAGUUACACUGUUUUAAAAUUAACAGCUGUAAUUCUCUGUGCUAUAAGCGCCCAUGUUUCAACAAACUGACGGUCGCGACGACGUAAUAUUGGCAUGCAAGGUUCUUUUCAGUCAUGUGAUUUCUUGCUUGCAAUUACGAUGCUUAUCUUUCGAGGCGUUUCUGUUUUUUUGGCUAUUUUGCUGGUGUUUCUUAGGAGAUCAUUAAAAUAAAUCCAAAUACGCAGAUGAAACCUUUAUUGAAUAAUAAAGUUGGAGUAGUGGUGCAACACUUUUUUAAUGUUGUUAUUAAAGCACCCCGAAUUUUGGCAUUGUUUCUAAUCCGAGAAACAUUUAUUUAGAAGUGGCGCCUGUAUGUGAUGGGAAGAGCAGCUUUUAACUGGUAGACUAAAACAUUAAAAAUUUGAUACAUUCAGGAAUAUACUAUACGUACGUUGGCAAAAUUGUACAGAUCGCCAAUGCAGUAGAACACGGUUGAUAUGAUUCCUCACUACGCUGUCCUCCAAAUCACCAAACGUGACCGUUUAAAUGUUAAGAGAAGUACCUCUUGGCCCGCUAAGGGUACUUUAUAUAUAGUACCCGUCGUACACACAAAUCAACGAGGAAAAGCGCUUGAGCCUCAUCGGUGAUCAGUGAGAAUACCAUCAUCACAACUUAUUUCAAAACCAAUACUCCAAUCCAGAUGAUGUGUAGAACGUGAAAAAGGGCAUCUUACCUUUGCGAAAGCGGUCAGUUCAACCGCUUGCAAAUCUUCUGGAAGCGGUUGAACUGCAAAGAAUAACACUUUCAAGGAUCCACACACACACACACACACACACAGUAUGAAUAGGAAUUAGCAGUUACUAUAGGAAUUGUAUCACUAGGUUUUGGUACGGAAUAUAGAAGCUACCCAUGUAUAAUAAUGAAAAUUCGAUCGAAGAAAAAUGCCAGUAAUCAUAAAAUAAAUUUUGGAUAUGCACACGGGUUAGGAAUUUGAAUAUAUGUCAGUCACCCUGGUUAUUUAUUAAUAAAUGAGAAGAAA